CCGACAGUCGCGACCGACGCCACCGCACGCGUGCCAGUACGAGGACAUUGCGCAGCGGACCGAUAAACGAGGAGUAACAAGACACAGCCAUGAGCAGAACCAGGAGUUUGGCUUACCUCGGGGCAGUGCUAUCGCUGCUGGCGCUCGCCGCCGCCGCCCCCGCCCCCGAGGCCUCCCCUGCAGACGACAGCAAGCCCGAAAUCAUCGAGAUCAUCGCCCCAGCCGCUAAUGCACAGGAGACGCUAGCUACUCUGAACCUGGGCGCGCCGGGCUCGGAGCUCAGCGAACGUAACAAGCGCACCAUCGGCAUUCUGCGGCAGCUCUUCCCCUCUCUCACACAGAUGAUCGAUAAGAAGGUACAAGAGUUGACGAGCUUCGUUCUUCGGACGUUCGGACCGCUUUUCAUUCGCGCCUUCCUAGGCGGCAACCGCAGCAAUGGCGGGAACACCAACGGCGGAACCGUCGACCUCGAGGACGACGACGACGAUGAUGACGACGACGACGACGAGGCGACCACAACCACUACCACCGACGCGCCGGAACGCCGCCGUCGGGCGCUGUACUACCUGCCGGAGGCGAUCGUCGACGAGAACCAGCUGCUGUCGGGCGCGGAGUCGCAGCAGGCGGAGGUGCGAGUGGCUUUCGGGGGCGACCAGCCUGCAGCCGACCAGGCGGCCGCCGCCCAGGCUUCAGACCAGCAGACCGCCGCUCAGACCAACUCCGCCUCCAUCGACGAGAUAACGCUCGACGACGCGGACGACACAGAAGAAAACCGAAACAAGAGAUUCUUGAACUUCGGCGGCUCAGCCGGCGCGGACGGCAGCGGUGGUAGCGGCGGCGGCUCUGGCAACUUCCUGUUCGACGUCGUCAGGCUGGUGGCCGGGUCGUCGUCGGGCUCGUCCGGCGCCGGAGCCGCGGCUGGAGCGGCGGCCGGCGGCGAGGAGGAGGCGGGCAAGGGCGACAACCUGACGGAGGGCGUGCCCGGCCCCAUCACCCGCCUGUUCAUCAUCGCCAACCGCGGGAUCGCCAACCUCAUCCAGGACCUCAUCCUGCGCAUCGCGCAGACCUCCGAGCGGAUAGUCAACUUCAAGGCACGCCUCAUCACCUCCAUCAUCUAAGGAGUCGGGCGAUCGUAGCUCGCGCUUCCGUUAUGCGAUCAGACGCGCGUCGCUCGCGUGACGGGACCGCGGCCGGGGAGCCGUUAGACGAGGAAGUCGGUCGGGCGGGGCUCCCCGCGCGACUCGCGCCGAGUUUGGUCUAACUCCGCGCGAGUUCCGAUACCUCAGGGCGCCGCUCGCCGGCCCGAACGAGAGCGCUUUUCCUCCGCGCACCGGCUCCGAACCGUGUGUUGAUUAACCACUCGUAAUAAACUCCCGGGUGAGCAGCCGAAACCUAAUCUGCUCUCUAACCUGGUCGAUCCCGCUUGGCGGUUCAAAGUAUCUCCGUAGAAAUUCCUCAUGUCGUGUUGCAUUCGGCUGCUCGGUCGCGAGCGUUACGUUCACUUAUACUUUUUACGUAUACUUUAUUUUCCCACUCGACGUCGCGGAGGACAAAACGUUCCAGUUCAAAGUUAGUUCCAUGCAUUUCAAUGCUAAGCCCAUCUGAUAUUUAUUGUUCACCGACAUGGUCCCAGUUCGUGUACAUUACCCAUCAGCCGUGUACAGUGUUGUGUCAUCUUUUUAUAUUUUUAUACGGAAACCUGUAACAUAACGUCUGGGCGGCCGCUCGGCCCGGCAGCGGCCGCUUAGGGUGUCGCGGCGCCGUGCGGGGCGCUGCGGGCCGUUGCCUGUAUUUAUUGUGAGCCGCGCUACCCGCGCGGCGCGGCGCCAUCGUGCGUGCCGGUGCGCCGCCGUGCGCGACCGUGCGCCGGGCCGCGCCGCCGCCGGCCGCUCGCCGUGAUUUUGCUGUGAUCGCGAUGCGUCGCGUCGACUCCUAGUGUCUCUAGUGUACUGUGUAAUGUAAGUAGGUAAGGGCGGUGGAUCCGUCUUGCUCAAGCUAUUUUUAUGUGACAAUCUUGAUUCGUUUUUAUGUUUGUAAAUAUGUAUAAUAGCGGAAUUUUAUGUAAAAUAAACAAUUAGUUACCA